GCUUGGAUUUUAAAGCUUUGACGUCAGAGGAGGCUGUUUUGCGCCUGUGCGACUUGGUCAACCGGCUGCUCUGUGGAACCGGGGCCCGGCUGCGGGGUAUACGGACCGGUCAGCACGGAGAGAUGUGUUACAUGGAAUUGUUACACGUAUGAUCGGCCACCUUUGCUGCCAAUUAACCUGGGACUUAAUGAAGAUUCCUUUUAGGUAACUAACGUGCCAAAAAGAACAAGCAACCAUGGUGCAGAAAUACCAGUCGCCCGUCCGCGUGUAUAAGCACGGCUUUGAGCUGAUUAUGGCCGCGUACGAGCGGCGUUUCCCCACCUGUCCCCUCAUCCCCAUGUUUGUUGGCAGCGACCUAAUGAACGAAUACAAGAGUGAGGAUGGAGCUGUACAUAUCGUAGAGAGGCGCUGCAAGCUGGACGUGGAUGCUCCGCGCCUCUUGAAGAAAAUAGCUGGAGUGGAUUAUGUUUACUUUAUCCAGAAGAACUCUCUGAACCGCCAGGAGCGUACUCUGCACAUUGAGGCUUACAAUGAGACCUUCUCUAGUAGGAUUAUAGUCAAUGAGCACUGCUGUUACACUGUACACCCUGAUAAUGAAAACUGGACUUGCUUCGAACAGUCGGCCAGCCUGGACAUCAAGUCCUUCUUUGGAUUUGAGAGCACUGUGGAAAAGAUUGCAAUGAAGCAGUACACAACAAACAUAAAAAAGGGCAAAGAAAUCAUUGAAUAUUACUUGAACCAGUUGGAGCAGGAGGGUAUCACCUCCAUGCCUCGCUGGACUCCUGAAAUCGCUCAGCGGCAAGAAACCAAAACAGAUACCUCAGGCCGGGCCAUGUCUCCCCCUCAGAGCAUACCCACAAAAUCUGCCGAUGGGCCCAGCAGCAAAGAUGGCUUACCAUCCAGCCCCACCGCUGCAACCCAUGAGCUGAGCAGCACACCCGAUGAUAAGCUGGAUGCUGAUUACAUUAAACGUUACUUGGGAGAUCUCACCCCUCUUCAGGAAAGCUGCCUAAUCCGCCUGCGUCAGUGGCUACAGGAAACCCACAAGGGCAAAAUUCCCAAAGAUGAGCACAUAUUGAGAUUUUUGCGAGCCCGCGACUUCAACAUCGACAAAGCUCGGGAAAUCCUCUGCCAAUCCCUCACCUGGAGAAAGCAGCACCAUGUCGACUACCUGCUGAGCACGUGGGACCCUCCCCAGGUGUUACACGAUUACUAUGCUGGAGGCUGGCACCACCACGACAGAGAUGGGCGCCCGCUGUAUGUGCUGAGACUUGGACAGAUGGAUACCAAGGGUCUGGUCAGGGCACUUGGGGAAGAGUCCCUCCUUCGACAUGUGCUGUCAAUCAAUGAGGAAGGACUAAGGCGCUGUGAAGAGAACACGAACAUCUUUGGGCGCCCCAUCAGCUCUUGGACCUGUCUAGUUGACCUGGAAGGUCUAAACAUGAGGCAUCUAUGGAGGCCAGGAGUCAAAGCCUUGCUGCGCAUUAUUGAGGUUGUUGAAGCAAAUUACCCAGAGACCCUUGGUCGGUUACUGAUCCUGCGGGCUCCCAGAGUGUUUCCGGUCCUUUGGACUCUGGUCAGUCCCUUCAUUGAUGAGAAUACCAGAAAGAAAUUUCUUAUUUAUGCUGGGAAUGAUUACCAAGGUCCGGGUGGGCUGAUUGAUUACAUUGACAAAGAGGUCAUUCCUGACUUCCUGGGAGGGGAGUGUAUGUGUGAAGUGUCAGAGGGCGGAAUGGUCCCCAAGGCUCUCUACAGGACCCCAGAAGAACUAGAGAAUGAUGAUAUCCGAUUGUGGACAGAGACCAUAUAUCAAUCUGCUAGUGUAUUUAAGGGCUCACCGCAUGAGAUAUUGAUCCAGAUAGUUGAUGCCUCUUCUGUCAUCACCUGGGACUUUGAUGUGUGUAAAGGGGAUAUCGUGUUCAACAUCUACCAUUCCAAGCGGGCCCCCCAGGCGCCCAAGAGGGACACACUUGGAGCCCAUGGCAUCACCUCUCCUGUGGGCAACAAUGUGCAGCUGAUUGACAAAGCUUGGCAGUUGGGGCGGGAUUACAGCAUGGUGGAAUCUCCGCUAAUCUGCAAGGAAGGAGAGAGUGUGCAGGGUUCCCACGUGACCCGCUGGCCGGGUUUUUACAUCCUGCAGUGGAAGUUCCACAGUAUGCCAGCCUGUGCCACCAGUAGUCUCCCCCGGGUGGAGGAUGUGCUCGCCUCCCUUCAGGUCUCCUCUCACAAGUGCAAAGUCAUGUAUUACACAGAGAUCAUUGGCUCAGAGGAUUUCAGGGGCUCCAUGACCAGCCUGGAAUCCAGCCAUAGUGGCUUCUCUCAGCUCAGCGCUGCCACCACCUCCUCAAGCCAGUCACACUCCAGUUCCAUGGUUUCCAGAGAGCCCCUCCCUCUGUCUGAGUCAGCGCUCCCCUCUCUUAUUCACCCCCAAGACCUGAAGUCCAACCCGGAUGGGCUCCUCCGUUUCUCCCCCUCCUUCUGGGGCCAGCACUUUUCUACUCUCUACACACUCAGACCCCCCGUCUUCCUGCGCUGGCCCCCAUCCUGGCGCCUCCCAUUCAUCCGGGAGCCUGGGGGCCCACCUGCCAUCGAACCCGAGAGCACCGAUGCUUCCUGAGGUUGUGCUUGGAGGGGGUAGGCAGUCUGUAUUGAGGGGUUAUGCACCAGACAACUGUUUUCUCUCAGAUGCUACUCUCUUCUACAGCAGAAAGGCACCCUGACGUGGAACUGUUCUCAUUGUGGUUGUGUCUUAUUACUUUUUUCCAUGAUAGGCGUGGGCAUGUGAUGCUCGGUUACUCUCUUGCAAAUACCUGAGCGCUGUGAUAUCCAUAGGCAAUACACACAGAGCAUUACUGCAUGCAGGAGUAGGUAAGAUCAGCCAACGCUGGCAUUGCACAUUAAAGCCUGUUGGUGUGGGUUCUGCUGGCACACACACUUAAGGGCACAGGGUAUUAAAUCAAAAUACAAUUCCUUUCUGAGUUCUAGGCUUAUCCCAGUGACCCAAGUCAGGACUGUGGCAGUCCCAUCAGCGUGCACUUACCUGCAUAUAUCCUACCCAGGUCCUACACAAUGUAGGCUUUACAUUUUUUUUUGCCCCUUCCAUCUGCUUUUGAGAUGCUGAACUCUAGGCAGUAUGGGAGAGGUGCAGGCAUUCUCUGGGCAUAUUUGUCCAAUAAGAAUGUAGGAGUUUAAAGGCCAGGUCACUUUAAUAGAGGGGUAAAUCUGCCCGGUUUUACCCUCCACACCAGUGUAUCCCUGUCCUGUUUAGCCUAGAGAAUAAAUUGCUUUACAGGUGCCUCCUAGCUCCAGGAAUAGUAAUAAGGGGGUAGCAUACUGCACAACUACAUACAGGGGGCGCCAGCAUGCUCUUCAGACAUUAACUGCAUGCGUGAAACUUUGGUUUUGUAGGUAGCACCAAUCUUUAUCAUUGUGAUGCCGAUGUCACUUUCCUCCUGAAUAUAAGGGCUGAUUACCCACCAGCAAGGGCUGUGCCCUGCCUGCUGGGUACCCUCCACUCACCCCAUUCCCUUGUACUCACACGAGCACCUGUAUCACCGUCAGACACCCUCCCACACAAUAGGUGGCUGGGGGUAUUUUUUAUUUUAUAUAUUUAAUAAAAGCACAUUAUCUAUAGGUAGUGGGGUAGAUACCAUUCCUGUAUCUGGGGAGCCUCACUGCCUGGCACUGGAAGGAAUUCAUCCAAGAAGGUCUAACCUGCUCCUAUCCCAGAACUACAACUCCCAGCAUCUGCUGUGCUUUAGCCGCAGCCUAAGGGGAGCAGGCCUGACCCUCUGGAUAAAUACCAUGUAACACUUAUGGCUCAACUUUUUAUUUUUCUAACUUCUUCCUCCCCUCCAUUUUUUUUUUUUAUUUUAUAUAAAUCUGUAACUGUCCAAUUGCAUAUCAGUUGUCUGCUAUUGAGUUUAACUUGUGAUCUCACUCUCCAUUAUAUAACACUUCAGUAUCCUUUUUAAAUACAUUUUUUUAAAAAAACGUUCAUUGUAAUAAACAUUGACACUGUGUAAAUAGA